AUGGCUGACCCAGCCUGGUCAAGCCGCCACACCAGUGGAGGCUUGGCUGGUGCCAAACCCUAUUUCGAAAUCCCUCACGGAGAAUCAGAAUCAAUAUAUCGAGGUCAGCAAACUAGUGGAUUGCUUCUUCUGCACUCAGUGUUAGAGCGUGAUAUUUACAUAUGCAAUCCUUUCACUCGUCAAUACAUCAAGCUGUGCUGCCCCAGGAAAUGCAAGUCGGAUAAUUAUUUGAUGAGUUAUGGAUUUGGUGUGAGCGAAAUAAGUGGGAAAUAUAAGGUCGUCUGUACCAAUGUGGAUGCUGGAUCCGGCUCUUUUCAUGUGUACACCCUCGGAACAGGAACAUGGAGGCGCGUUGAAGCCGCCUCUGUGUCUGGUUACACAUUCUGUUACAAUGCACACAUUGUAUGCAACGGCAACCUCCAUUGGACGGUAUAUGAUUCGACUCAUACCUUAUGGAUUUGUGGUUUUGAUCUUGAAACAGAACGUGUUAGCAUCUUCUCUGCUCCUGCUGUUGAUCGACGUGUUGCGAAUGUGAAGUUGAAUGUUUUGAGGGACUGCCUUUGUUUGUCUUACACGCAAGGUUAUAAACUUGUCAUUUGGAUGAUGAAGGAAUACCGAGUCGGGGAAUCUUGGACCAUAGAGUGCAAGAUUAGUGUUGAUUUUGAUAUUGAUUUUGGUUAUGAUUUUGAUUGCCAUGAUACGACUGUUCAUCCAAUCAAACUUUUCAAAAAUGGUGACGUUUUGAUGUUGUUUGAAGAUAAGUGCCUCGUCUACUACUCUCACGAGACAAGGACUACUCAACAAGUCGGUAUGCUUACGGAUGGAAAUCCAGAGGAUGCGGAUGAGGAUGACAUUAGCUUUGCCAUGAUUUACACUCCAAGUGUUUUCUCACUUAGGAAAUUCGGAUUCGAGAAUGUGACGUCAUUCUAG